AUGGCGUCGUCCAUGUCGCUCACCGACAUCGCAGCCUUCGCAGCGUCGUCGCUCGUCGAGUUCGCAGAAGUCAUCGUCAUCGCCGUCGCCACGUCCGUCCCCGUCGCCGGCCUCUGUAUAGGCGUCCCCGUCGUCCGCAUAAUCACCGCGUGCCUGCGCGGGCAGCGGGUGGAUCUGCGAUCCGUCAAGCUGUGCACCGUCAACGACACCUCCUCCCCGUCAUCGUUGCCAACCUGGUUACCAUCUUCGCCACACACGUUGCAAGCCCCAUCGCAAGCCUCACCACACCCCGCCCCUCGUCCAUUCGCCUCCUCCCCUUACGCCACGCCUUCCCCUCCUCCCUCCUCCUCCCCCAACCUCCACUCGUCCGCCCACUCCUCCCUAACCUCCUGUCACUCCUCCUCCCCCUUUUCCUGCCCCUCCGCCUCCGCUUCCGCUUCCCCCUCCGCCUCCCCUUCCCCCUCCGCCUCCGCCUCCCCUCCCGCCAACCCCCCCUCCGCCCUCGCGUCCCUCUCCGCGUCGCUCCUCGCGCUCCUCCCGCAACCGGUGCUCUCCGCGCUGCCACUCUCCCCCUCCGCCACGCGCUGCCGCUUCACCUACUACUGGGCCGCGCUCAUCCAGCUCGACCUCAACGUCUCCUUCCACUCGCCGUCCAACACGUGGCGCUCGCUGCGUCAGCACAGGCGGCAGAAAAGUCAACGCGGUCAACACAGUCAAGCGAGUCAACGCAGUCAACGAAGUCAACGCGUUCAAGAGGAGCAAGGGGAGGAAUGGGAGGAAGGGGAGCAGGGGAGCAUUACGACGAUCCGGACCACCACGGCUCUCCCCGACCCGCUCUCCCUGUCCCUGCCGUUGUCCCAGUGCCGCCCGGACUUCAACGCUGCGUGGCGGGCCAAAGACAAGUACAAGGUGGCAUCGCUGCACAAGUGCCUGUACGACCCGCGUCACCCCCACAGGGUGCACCUCAUCCCUCUUGUCAAAUCCAUUCCCCCUCUUCCCCUGCACAACUCCCCCCCUACCACCCCCCAUCCCCCGUCGUCCCUCCUUCCCGCCCCAGGUGGCAUCGCUGCACAAGUGCCUGUACGACCCGCGCCACCCCCACAGGGUGCACCUCCCCCCGCCCCGCUCCAUGCGCCAGUGCCCGCCUCCCCCGCGCCAGGGCAUUUUCAUGCACCUCGCUGCUACAGCCAUCAGCAAGUGUGCCCGCCUCCCCUACGCCAGGGCAUUUUCAUGCACCUCGCUGCUACCGCCAUCACUAAGUGCAUAUUCAUGCACCUCGCUGCUGCCGCCAUCACCAAGUGGUUCUUUUCAGACGAGUCCAUAUUCCAGCCGUCCUCCUCGGUGGGAAAGCUCUAUCUGGGCCUCAGCCUGGGCGUGCUGCUGGGAGUGCUGUGCUGCGUCGGCACGCACGUCUUUGGUCGCAUCGUCGUGGCCCUUGACUGCUUCCAACCCCCAGCUUCCUCCCUUUUCGUCUCUGCGAUUGAGGCGCCUGGCGCAUGCAUGCAUGUGACCCAUCCCCUCACACACUCAUACUCGUGCCAUGCAUCCCUUCACACACACAUGCUCAUGCCAUGCAUCCCCUUCGUCUGCCCCCUUGCCCAGUUUCUCUCCAGCCACUCUCCAGACAUUCACCACCCGCCCAACUUGCUCCAUUCCGUGGGAUCAGGGUCGGGAUCUCUCUCUGAUGAGCUGGAGGAUCUCGAUCUCUCCGAGAGCAUUCUCAGCUGCUUCUGCCCCUCGCUAGUCGACAGCCCUUUUCUGGCGAAGAAGCACCCUGAGAAUUCACCUGAGAGCGCACCUGAUCGCUACCGCAAGGGGGAUUUGUGCCGCUUGAGUGGUCUGGGCCGACCUGUAGCAGCAGGGGCGGAGGAUGUUGAGCUGCUUUCCCUGCACCAGCAGGAGGAAAAGUCGCAGGCAGAGGCAGAGGCAGAGGCAGAGGCAGAGGCAGAGGCAGAGGCAGAGGCAAUGGAGAUGGUGCUGUCACAGCAGCAGCAGGUUCGGCGGCAAGUUCGGCAGCAGGUCCGGGAGUAG